GGGGGCGUGACAGUCACCAUGUUGUAACUAUACACGACUGCAACCGUACAAGUACAUUGUCAUUCCUUUUCCACAUCGAUCACGUUAUAGCAACCGCCAUUUCCUGCACGAUCACCGAGUAUGAACGACGGGAUGGAACUGGAAGAAAUGAAAUCAGAGGCAGACGACGACGAUCCCAGUGCCCAUCAACAAACAUCAUCACCUCAUCAACAAACGUCAUCACCUCAUCAAACUGACAGCAACAGACAAGAUGUUGUUCCUGGUAUGUCUCGGUCUUCGUCAAAGGCGGAAGAAGCGGCUACCGUGAAGCUUCACGCCGUUGCAGUCGAGCUGCUGCCUCAAGAGUCAUUCAUUAGGAGAAAGAGGCGAGCUGGUGGAACUCAGACCGAUGGCGGCGAUGCGACUGAGGAUAUUGUUGAUGAUUCUGUGUUGGAGUAUUCUGAUGAAUUCUGUGAAAAGUUAGCACAAAAAAGUAAACAAGAACUGUCAUACCGGAAUGCAGUGAUGGAAGUAAUCAUUGACGGCCUAUUGGAGAAAUGUGAUAACGACUACAGCAAAGUGUUGCUCUACGUCAUCUCCAACUACACACCUGAGCCCAAGGUUCGAACGUAUGCAGAACGAUUGCUGUCUGUUCACCAAGCAAGUGCUGUGAUACCUGGCGACAGAAGGAAGACAUGUCUACAUUACGCUGUUGAAAAGAAGUAUUUCACUGUCGUUCAAUUGCUGAUUGAGCACGAUGUUUACAUAAUGGCCGAGGAUCUGGAUCACGUGAUGCCUAUUGACAUUGCUCUCAGAAAGAAGACUGAUGCAAUCGCAUCGUUUCUUAUUGCACGAAUGCCAAAUAACAAAGUGAGAGCAUUAUUUGAAGGCGGCACAGAUAAAGCAAAGUUUACCUUUCAAGAAUUGAUCACAUGCACAGAAAUGCAGGAUACGAUUAUGGCCGUACUCGACAGCAUGAUGGAUCCUAUCGAAGAAAGACCCGAUCACUACAGAGUGUUCUACAACAUACUAGACGGAGAUUGGUAUGGUCGGGCACCAAAUCAUCCUCAAUUCAAUCCUAAAGGUCGAUCUUGUCUGCAGAUCAUUGCAAAGAGCAAUAACAAGGAGGCUGUGUAUCAUGACGUUGUGAGGCUGCUGUUACGUCUAAAGUGGAAAACAUACGUUGGCAUGCGAUUCAGAUUUCAAACAAUUCUUUUUGGUUGGUUUUUGUUUAACUUGACGUUCGCUCUGGUGGCUGCUGGGACUGCAGACGAUCCACUUGUCUAUGAUUCUCCACUGCAGAUCAUUCGAGGGUUCUGUGAAGCAUGCACGGCUCUUCAGUGGUGUUGGGAUUUGCUUUCAGAGCUCAACCAAAUGAGAAAACAUGGGUUCAAUUAUCUCUCCGAUUACUACAACUACCUGGAUUUAUCAUCAGUCAUUUUCAUUUUCACAAUUUUGCCUCUGCGUCUGGCUGGGAACGAUGCUCAGUGGACAAUAGCAUCAUUUGCAUACCUAGUUACUACACUUCGGAUAUUCAAAUUUGCAUCUGCAUCAAGGGUACCAUGGUAGAUCAGUCCCCUGGACUGAGCAAACGUUUAUCAUCAUCAUCAUCAUCAUCAUCAUCAACAUCAUCAUCAUCAUCAUUAUCAUCAUCAUCAUCAUCAUCAUCAUCAUCAUCAUCAGCAUCAUCAUCAUCAUCAUCAUCAUCAUCAUCAUCAUCAUCAUCAUUAUCAUCAAAUAUAUUUAUAAAUAUAUUAAUCAUGUGUUUAGAUACCUAAACAGGAAGUUGCGGCAAUCACUUGCUGGCGAAAGUUCAUUUUUCCAAAACAUUUUUAAUCAGCCUGACUCUCUCCAAUGCCUUUGGUGUGCUCUCACUUUGGGAUGUUGUGUUCGUACUGACAUUAAUAUUAAUUUAGUCAGUCUGUGUAUCGUACUUCAUGCUAAAUGUUUGAUGUUUGCUUCUGUUGUCUGCUUGCCAUGUCA